GUUUCCGCUCGGCUGCCCGGCCCGCGCUCCCCGCGGGCGCCGCGCUCUGCAGCAGGACUGAGAACGGGAUCCCUGGCUUCUGGUUAUGCCCUAAGGUGGGAGUACGUAUCCUGGGGUCCUGUUUGGAAGGAUUCUGAAGUCAAAAGCUUUUCAGACUCUCAGGCUUAAUAUGUCGCUGGAUCCCAGGGUCACACGGUUUUGAAGAAACAAGCUUACAGGUUUGCAUUCCUUCUGCCUACCUGACAUUCUCCAGAACUAGAAACUCUGCUCAGAACACUCUCAACUGUAUUUCACCUCUUGACAUAUGUACAUUCUACCAACACUGCCCACCCUCAGCUCCUGACGAUGGAGCAAAGACUGGGAGGAAGAGAAACGCGAGGCCUCUGCCCGAUGGCCGACGUGUUCGUGUACGGGACCCUGAAGCGAGGCCAGCCCAACCACAAGGUCCUGCUGGACGGCACCAACGGCUGCGCCACCUUCCAGGGCCGGGGCCACACGGUGGAGCCGUACCCGCUGGUGAUCGCUGGGGAACACAACAUUCCGCGGCUGCUGCACCUGCCGGGGCGCGGCCACCACGUGCUCGGGGAGGUCUACACUGUGGACGAGCGGAUGCUGCGCUUCCUAGACGAGUUCGAAGGCUGCCCCGACAUGUACCAGCGCAGGCGGGUGCGCGUCGCGGUGCUCGAGUGGGAGGGCGCCCCCCAGGAGCCCCCCGCCGCUGAAAGGAGCCUGCAGUGCUUCGUGUACAGCACGGCCACCUACCCGCCCGAGUGGGCCCAGCUCCCGUACCUCGACAGUUACGACUCGCAGGGGGCGCACGGGCUCCGCUAUAAUCCACGGGAAAACAGAUAAACGCCGAGGAAUGCCCUCUAGCCAGGGGACAGACACACAGCCCUGAGGAUGGUAAGAUUACCUCAGUUUGGUCUGCACGCACUGAAUGCAAAAGCCUAAUGAUGUCCUUUUAAACAAAUAUUUGUGAAACUCAAUCUGUGGAAAAAGAAAUUCUCUCUUUUGGUGUCAGCCAAUUUCCUAGAUAAUUUUGACAUACCAAUAAUAAGAUUGUGCCCUGAAAUCUGUCCAUCCAAUACUGCUUUAUUGCUUGCUGCUUAAAGAGCAUUAGGUGUUUGAAUGUACUGGGUAAGAAAAAUUUAGGCUUUUAAUUCCCCUAAAUGGCAUUUCAGGAACUCAUAUGUUAUCAUCCUUUUCUUUCUUCUUUGUCUGCUUUGCUUUAAUCUGAAGAUGACAUUUAAAAUGAAUGUGAAGACUUUGUGUUGCAGCUAGAUUUUAGCAGCCCUACUCUAUUGAUUCUGACCUGUAUAGCACCAAGAAAAAAAAAAUGCUGAGCUGAUCUUGGAUGUCUCAGUGUAAUAAAUAAUAAAAGAAACUCAAGAAAACCAUGCUGCAUUUUAGAGUAGUUUUGGAGAACAUACAACAUUGUUCUUCACAAUUUUCAGAUCAAGCUUAUUAAAGAGACUAUUAAAGAUGAUCAUUUAAAAUUAAACUAGUUUUUUUAGAAAAUCAAAUAUAAAAGUAUUGGUGCCAUUUUUGGCCCUUUUCUUGGCCCUUAUUUGGUAGAAGGUUCUUUUCCUUCUAAUCUAGCAAAAUAAUGAGCACCCGCUUGCUGGCAGACACAGCUGAACACCCUGAUUUCAGAUGGAAGCUCCCCCAAGCCCAGUGCCCAGCGGCAAGCACUGUCCCUGCUUCUGAGGGAGCGGCAUUUGGGGGUGGGCCUUUGGAGAAGAACCAACACAUUAGCAAUUUGUUCUUCAGGCCUGACAGAAAGCGUAGCUUCCAAAUACAAACAGCACUUAAAAUAAUUUUAGUGAGGCACGAAGUAGCAAUUACUACCCACCUCCACCUCGUGAUCUGUCAGCGUAGAUUCAGAUCAGUGCGCGACUGCCUCUGCUUGCUUACCAGCAAAGUGUGAAAUGUAUUCCAAGAACUUCAGAACCGAAUGAAAAUGCAGCUGCUGAUCUCAGAAACCUCGUCUCCUCUGGGAGAGCUCACUCACUCUUCAACUUAAUGGUAGACUGUGAUCACUAACUGCAUCUGGCACAAAAACAUGAUCAUUAUUUUUAGCCCCUUUUUCCUGAUUGGAAACUUGCUUCACAAAGACACAAAAAGGCAAGGAUGGGUAUCAGCUGAUGAGUUUGUGGCAGCCCCACCCACUGCAGUUGGGGUGAGGGGGUUCUGGGGGGAAGAGGGGCCCUGUGAGUCAUCUCUCCUUAAGGUGACGUCCAGGGAUCCAGCAGAUCCAGUACUUACCCAUUAGAGCCAUGCAGGGGGAUUUCCAUGAUCAUCAUCAGUGCUGUAGGAAGUUACAAGUAACCACAAACAGGAGUCCUCAACCAGGAUGAGCAGGCAUCCAGAUUAUAGGGUGGCAAAUGCUAAUCUACUAAAACUGAAGACAAAGAGCUGGGAUUUAUAUAAAUAUUUUAAAGGAUCACAAUGAAAUGCUAGUAUUUAAAGUCCACGGGCACGUUGUCUUCAUUCAAAAAAAGGGCAAACUAAUAUUUAGACAAACGCU